AUGAAUCAUUCAAAAUCUCGCCCUCGGAACCGUGCCGGGUUCGAAAUAGCUAUAAUAUGUGCACUGCCACUGGAGGUUAACGCCGUUCUCUGUUCUCUGGAUGAAACAUGGGAUGAUAGUCGCCAGUACUAUGGAAAAAGCGUCGGCGAUCCUAAUGACUACGACUUCGGCAAAGUCGGUGACCACCCUGUCGUCAUUGCGAAAUUGCCAGGCAUGGGCAACGUCACAUCAUCAAGUUCUGCGCAAUCCCUCAAAAUAAGCUUCAACUCCAUAAGGCUCGCACUUCUUGUUGGCAUCUGUGGCGCUGUCCCUUUCAGACCUGAUAAUAAGGCGUCGGAAAUACUUCUUGGCGAUGUUAUUAUGAGCGAAGUAAUCGUUCAGUUAGACUUUGGCCGACAAUAUGCGGACAGGUUCAAUAGAAAGGACACCAUCUUAGAUGUCCAUGGCCGACCUAAUGAGGAAAUCCUCGCACUUUUGAAUCGAUGGAAGACGCCAAUUCUGCUAAAGAAAUUUCGUGCGGGCACAAUGGACCAUUUAAAAACCUUGAUGCAGGCUUCAUCGCAAGUGGAACCAUUUUAUCCCGGUCCAAGUCAGGAUAAAUUAUUUCCACCAGAGUACACCCACAAGCAUCAUUGGAGCUGCGAAAUAUGCACCAAGUCGGGUUCAGAAUGCGAGGAAGCUAAGGUAUCUUCAUGCAGGGAUCUGCAUUGCGAUGAUAAUAUGCUAAUCGCCCGCCGGCGACUGGGUAUGGCGAAAUCGUCUUUCAGUAGUAUCGAUGAUUACAUGCCAAUCCCUGAAAUACAUUUUGGAUGUAUUGGCACCUCAAACUCGGUGAUAAGAUCCGCUCAGCAUCGUGAUUAUUACGCCGAAUUAGAGAACAUUAUAGCCUUUGAGAUGGAAGGAGCUGGCGUUUGGGACAAAUUCAACUGUUUAAUCAUCAAGGGAGUGUGCGACUAUUGUGAUAGUCACAAGAGUAAGGACUGGCAACACUAUGCUGCCGCCGUUGCGGCUUGUGCCGCAAAAGAAGUUCUGCUACAGUAUGUAUCUCCACAGAAUUCGCCGCAGACAGAAUAUGCGAAUGGUAAGUUAUUUGAUAGGGUUUUUAAGGAUUCGGCGAGAAGGUUCACUCCGCAACAGCUCGAUAGUUUCAAGCAAGGAACCUCAUCGAAGGUCAUAAAACUAUUGAAAGCAAUCCAGAAUAAACAGAAUCGGAACCAGUCUCUGCGAAAUCUCCAGCGUAUCGAGGGCUUUUUGAAAGUGGUCAGACAAUUGAAUACAUUAGUGCAGGACGAGCUGUGCAUCCCCAACAUUAUGUGCCUAGUCUGGGGACCUAUCAUGAUGCUUUUCCAGGUUGCGAGAGACCGCGACGAUUUAUUUGAUACGCUUCUAUCUGCCUACGAGAAAGUUGGAGAUGAAUUUCCCAUGCUGGAAGAUUCCAAAGAAGUGUUUAAAUGGAAUCCAAGUUUGGUACGAGUUCUCGCGGCACUAAUUUCCGAUUUCUCCGAGUUACAUGAAUGGAUUAUCAAAAUAUACAGUGUUAGAGGGCCGAAACCUGUUUUCCGGUCUCUUUGGAACGACUUCAGUGACAGGCUCACACAUCUCCUACUCCGCAUACGCUCUCAUAACACUAUCAUAGAAGACAAUAUCCGAGUAUAUCUUAAUAGUCAAGGACAACCCAUUGACGAUGCUCACGAAGUCCGUGAGCAUAACUUGAGAAUUGAACAAGAUGCGCUUCAGUUUGAGAGAAAGGAAACAGAACGGCAAGAAAAGAGAUUUAACAAAGUUUGUGAGUGGUUUGCUAGCCUAGACAUGGAAAGUCGACACCACAGUAUUUGUCACGACCGCAAUUGUUUUCCUAAGAUAGGUGAGUGGAUUUUGGAAGAGCAAAAGGUUAAAACAUGGUUAUCCGACGAUGUCACCGAGCUUCCUGGUUCCAUGUAUUGGGUCAAUGGACGUCCAGGCAUAGGAAAAACUUAUUUAGCUUCGAUCGUCAUCGAGGCUUGCAAAGCAAAAUAUUUCUGGACUACGGUGUAUUUCUAUUGUCAGGGAGAGUCCAACGAAAGAGACACUGCCAUUGAAAUCAUUCGUAGUGUUCUGCUUCAGUUGAUCCGCCAACACCCCAACCUAGUUCCUUACUGCCACGAAAGAAUGACACAAUCAAACACUCCAGUUCUGUCUGGUUUGCCAACCGCUGAGUCGAUCCUUAAAGUAUUUUGUGAGAUAAUCCCGCAUUUAUAUGUGGUCAUUGACGGGAUUGAUGAAUGCGAAUCAAGAGAGCAGAGAAAACAGUUAUUUGACACAUUUUCAAAGUCGGUCUUGAAAUACGAUGGCGCCACAACUGGUAGACAUCGCGUCCUUUGGUUCAGUCAACCUCAAACAGAGGACAUAAAAAAGGCAUUUUCUACUAACGAGAAAUGUACACUUUCAUUAACUGCGCGGCACAACGAGAAGGAUAUUCAGAAAUAUUGCCAACUGAGGGCCCGUGAGCUGCUAAAAUUUGACUUUAGCCCUGAUACUCUGAAGCGUGUCCUAGAGAUGAUAAGUAGUAGGGCGGAUGGAAUGUUCCUUUUUGCAAAAUUGGUCAUGAACAAUCUGGCGAAACAGCCGACAAGGGCGCUAUUCUUUGAAGAGAUUACAGCGGCAAGGCUUCCCACCAAGCUCAAUGAAGCAUAUUCAAGGAUAUUACAGCGAUUGAAGAGAGACCUGGGGGAAUCACAAUUUAGAUACACGCAGUUGUUACUGGGCUGGAUGGUUUGCUCUAAAAGACCUCUCAAAUGGACUGAAAUACAGGCGGCAGUGUCUGUUGAUUUGGAGCCAUGGAAUGGGCUUGAAGAGCUUGAUGUUGGCCGUAGAUUAAACGAUGGCGUGGAGGAAUUGUGCGGAUCGCUUGUACAAGUCUUGAAGGGAAACCGGGUUGAGCUUGUUCACAGUACCGCGAGAUCAUUUAUAUUGGAACAGAACGAGCUAGUAAUAGCUGCCGCAGAAUGCGAUCUCACUCUCCGCUGUUUACGAUACCUCACACUAAAUAUCUUCCAGCCUGACAUCCAGGAUGAGCAGCUUCGCCUUUACGCACUGAGAGGCGACUUUGCUUUCCAGGACUAUGCGAUAUCAACUUGGUUUAUGCAUAUCAAAAGCAUAGUUGAGAAACAACCAGUGGUUAUUGAAGAAGGCCUAGUAUCGCCAAGCUACGGUCUAGGACUUGCAAAAAUUUCUCAUCAGUUGCAUCGCUUUCUGAAGUUCUACGAAGAAGGCUUUCCGGAAGAAGGUAUCAUUGACCAGGCAGUCUGGGAUUGCGAGUCCUUCAGCCAGUAUGAGUUCUAUCCAUAUCUCGUUCGGAUUUGGAACCACAUUUGUUUACAGCAAGCCGACGAUGUGGCGACUCGUAAUAAUGUCAGUAUCAGUCUGCUUAAGAAUACCUUAGCCCGAAAUCGCAAUCUUCUGGAGUCAUUGACAGCCGAAGCAGGAGUGGAACUAGGUAAGGUAUAUGGUGAUCGUUUAUUCCGCUGCCCUAAGGUUCUGUGCUUCUACUUUCAUGAAGGCUUUACGAAUGGACAGGCUCGUAAAGACCAUGUCGAUUGCCACGAUCGGCCAUUCCACUGCCUAGUCGAGAACUGUGUGGCUGGUGGAAUGGGAUUUAAGUCCAAUAAUGCAUUAGAAAAGCACGUGAAAAAUUUCCAUCCAGAAAAAUGUGAUCUGGGUGAAUCAUUUUCAACCUUAACGAGGAGUCUAUCACAAACAGCAGCAAAGUUUCCAUGUCCCAAUUGCCACAAGAGUUUUGUUCGACGAGGGAUUCUGAAAGACCAUAUGAGAAGUCAUACAGGCGAAAAACCGUUUGAAUGUUCACAGUGCACAAAGGCGUUUUCUAGGCGGUACGAUAGAAAUAGGCACGAGAAAAUACACGACAAAAGGAGGUAA